AUGAAGCUGCUGGUUUCUGUCACCUUCCUGGCCGUGGUGGCACUGGGACACCCUGACCCUGCUCUGGACUGGCACUGGAAGCUCUGGAAGAAAACCUAUGGCAAGGAAUAUCGCCACGAGGUGGAGGAGGGGAACCGGCGCGUCAUCUGGGAGAAGAACCUGCGGCUGGUGACGCUGCACAACCUGGAGCAGUCCCUGGGGCUCCACUCCUACCAGCUGGGCAUGAACCACCUGGCAGACAUGACCAGGGAGGAAGUUGAGGCUCUGCUCACAGGGCUGAAGGUUUCUCCUCAGCUGAAGGUGACCUCCCAGCACCCACGGCAGCCGGGCAGCCCCGUCCCAGACACCAUGGACUGGAGGGAGAAGGGAUGUGUCACCGAGGUGAAGAACCAGGGUUCGUGUGGCUCGUGCUGGGCCUUCAGUGCUGUGGGAGCCCUGGAAGCCCAGGUGAAGCUGAAGACUGGGAAGCUGGUGUCCCUCAGCCCCCAGAACCUGGUUGACUGUUCCACCAUGUACGGGAACAAGGGCUGCAGUGGGGGCUUCAUGACCAAUGCUUUCCAGUACAUCAUUGACAACGAAGGCAUCGACUCGGAUGAGUCCUACCCCUACAAGGCUCAGAACGGGACCUGCCAGUACAACGUGUCUGCCCGGGCUGCCACCUGCUCCAGGUACGUGGAGCUGCCCUACGCCGACGAGGAGGCCCUGAAGGACGCGGUGGCCAACGUUGGACCUGUCUCUGUUGCCAUCGAUGCCACCCAACCCACCUUCUUCUUGUACAGGUCAGGGGUGUACGAUGACCCCCGGUGCUCCCAGGAGGUGAACCACGGCGUGUUGGCCGUCGGCUACGGCACCUUGGACAACAAGGACUACUGGCUGGUGAAGAACAGCUGGGGUGUGCACUUUGGGGAUGAAGGCUACAUCCGCAUGGUGAGGAACCAGGAGAACCACUGUGGCAUCGCCAGUUACGCCUCUUACCCCCUCAUCUAG